AUGAGUCAAAGAACAGAAGCUGCACAAUCCAAUCGCGUUGUGCCAAAGCCUGUGCCUCAAUCCCAGACCCAAGAUCCGAGGAAAUACCAGAUUGAGCAGCUCAAGAAGCGAUUCGCCGCGCAGAUAUCGAACCUUCAAAAUGGCGUCACAAACGUGUCGUUUCACCUCAAGCCGUCAGAUCCCGACUUUCCCUUUGAGUUGGACUAUUUAGAUUGCGAGGUGCAAGUCCCAAGGCACUAUCCACAAGAAGCCCCUCUUCUUCGGGUGAAGAACAAGGACAUCCCGCGCGGAUUCAGUAUCAACAUUGAGGCUGGAUGGGACAAGCUCGUGGGCGAGAGGCAGAGUGCUACUCUUCUGAACCUUACCAAUGCACUGGAUAAGAACCUCGAGGCAUUCUUGUCAGAGCAGAAGUCCGAGACGGUGACGCUCAUGACGUUCAAGGACACCAGGCACCUAGACAGCUCACCGGCAACCUCGGGCGAGAACAGUGUCCGAGAGGCGACACCACAACCUGUCAAGGCGCCAGUACCCGCGAGGCCGUAUGUCCUAGAUGAGUCUUUCACUAGAGAGCAAAUGAUAGAGGCCAAAGCUAGACGAGCUCAAGAAACGAGGCAGCUGGAAGCACGCAUGGGUCGCAUGUCCCUCUUCCAUAAAUCCGCCGAUGGCAUAGUCUACACGCUCCCGCUGGACCCCAGGCGCCGAUCGGAGCUGCCGACUGAACUUCGCCCUGUCAAUUCCGUUCAGUUGAUCAUUCCGCUACUUUACCCGCUGCAGCCCUUGAGAAUUCUGUUGAACGAUGUCGAGUCACAGGAUGCAGAAGCGCUGGAGGAGUUAUUUUUCGCCCGUGCUUCUCAGCAGAAACAAAUGACCUUGAUGAGUCACCUAAACUACCUUGCGCAGAAUAUUCAUGUCUUGGCAAAGACAGCCCACUCUGCCCUCGCGCGGACUACGUUGGAAUCGCAGAAUGCUGGCGUGGAGCAGCAUGCAGCAGACCUGGACAUACGUACUCCCGUGGACAAGGAUGGAAAGACUCAUAUCCAAGUUAUCCCGCGGCCUCCAGAAUGGACACUCAUAGACGAGCAUGGAAAUUCCGAGGAUUCAAGCGAUGACUGGGACUCGGAAGACGACUCUGAUGGUGGCGGCGUUUUAGUGGAACGAAUGAACACGAGUGUCUACGAGGCUGCACAUCAAGUCGAAAGUGGAACAUCAAUCUCGUUUCCCCUCGUGGAACUACACGGUAUCGAGUUGCUACAAGUCAUUAUUCUUGGCCUCAACGUAAAGUGCGAGCGAUGCCGGACCAUCAAUGAAGUGACUGGACUGAAGCCCAACAUGGAGAAGGCCAGCAGUUGCAAGAAGUGUGCUACGGCUUUCACAGUAAAAUUCAGACCCGAGAUGGUUCACCAGAACUCGGUCCGAGCAGGGUUCAUAGAUGUCGCAGGUUGUACUGUUGCUGACAUGCUUCCGAGUACAUUUGUGCCUACCUGCGGCAGGUGUUCAACACCAGGCCUCGGUCUCGUAUCCGUUCGAGGCGAGGUUACUACCAAUGUCUGCCGAGAAUGCCACGGAAAAUUCACUUUCAAAAUUCCAGAAGUCAAGUUCUUGGCCAUAUCACAUGGUGCAGCUUUACCACCGUCCACGGGGCCCAAGCGACGUCAAGAGAAGCUCGGCCUCCACGCCGGCGAGCCGCUACCGGACCGAGGUACCUGCCCGCACUAUAAACGUUCCUAUAGAUGGUUCCGAUUCUCGUGCUGCGCCAAAGUGCACCCCUGCGACAAGUGCCACGACGCUGCCGAGGAUCAUAUCAACGAAUGGGCAAACCGCAUGAUUUGCGGUUGGUGUAGUCGAGAGCAAAACUACGCCGUCGAGGCAUGCCUGUUUUGCGGCAGAAGUGUCAUUGGUAGAAAAGGCCGCGGCUUCUGGGAGGGCGGCAGAGGCACGAGAGACAAGACCAGAAUGAGUAGGAAAGACAAGAGAAAGUACCAGCGCGUGGGCGGCAGCGAGGCAAAGAAGAAGGACUAG